ACGUGUUUUGAAUGUAAACUAAUAUCGGUAUCAUUGGUGUUUCUUGUGCUUAUCAUUUAAAUUCACAUUAAUGGUAGAUAAGGAAGAAUCAUUUAUGAAUUAAGAAAAUGAAUCUUGCGCAAAAUAUUUUGAAAAGCGGCAAAUCCGUAAGUCUUUCCAGCAAUGUCAUCGCGUUGAAAUAUAAUGUACCUGGUUGCGGUUACGCAGGCGCAUCGCAGACAUCAAGAAUCGAUGAUUUAUCCGAUAUCUCGAAAUCCACAGAUGGCGGGAAUCGAUCGAAGAUAGAAAUCACGGAGAAAUUACGUGAUAGAAAUUAUGGUACUGUAGCAGUAGCAACUAGCGGAAGUAUUUUACAGGAAAUGCCAGAACCGCGAGGAAUUCCUGUGUUUGGAACACUUUUUUCAUUCAUUUUAUCUGGGGGUCCAAAAAAACAACAUGAGUACGUUGAUAAAAGACACAAAGAACUGGGUCCUGUUUACAAAGAACGUAUAGGACCAACCACGGCAAUUUUUGUAAAUUCAAUUCAUGAAUUUCGUAGAAUUUUUCGACUUGAAGGAUCAACACCAAAACACUUCCUACCAGAAGCUUGGACACUUUACAAUGAGAUACGGAAAUGUCGUCGCGGUUUGCUAUUCAUGAAUGGCGAAGAAUGGAUAUAUUUCCGUAAGAUUUUAAACAAAGUAAUGUUAUUACCAGAUCCAACAAAUUUAAUGAUUGCACCAUGUCAAGAAGUAGCCAUAGAACUUAAACAAAAAUGGCAAAAACAGAUUAAGACCAAUAACAUUAUAUCGAAUUUACAAGUUCAACUUUAUCAGUGGUCUAUAGAGGCUAUGAUGGCCACGUUAAUGGGAUCGUAUUGGUAUUCUUACAAACAUCAAUUGUCCCGAGAUUUCGAAAUAUUGGCAGAAACAUUGCACGAAAUAUUUGAAUAUUCAGCUAAAUUAUCUAUAAUACCAGUUAAAUUAGCUAUGAAUUUACAUUUACCUGUUUGGAAAAAAUUUGUUGCAUCUGCUGAUACAGCUUUCGAAAUUGUUCGAAUGUUGGUACCAGAAAUGGCUAAAUUAGGUGGUAACGGUUUAUUAAAGAAAAUGAUGGAUGAAGGUAUUCGAGCCGAAGACGCAAUCUGCAUUGUUACCGAUUUUAUUUUAGCAGCUGGUGAUACGACGGCGACAACUUUGCAGUGGGUAUUAUUGUUGUUAUGUAAUCAUCCUGAAAAACAAGAAGAAUUAUUUAAACACUUAAAAGAUCUUCCUCAAAAAGAUAUAUUAAGAUUACCAUUAUUAAAAGGUAUAAUCAAAGAAUCUCUUCGAUUAUAUCCUAUAGCUCCAUUUAUAUCUAGGUAUUUACCGGUAGAUAGUGUGAUUGGUAAUUACUUUGUGCCAAAAGGGGAAUUGCUUGUUUUAUCACUUUAUUCGAGCGGUCGCGAUGCUGCGAAUUUUCCACAACCAAAUGAAUUCCGUCCAGAAAGAUGGAUUAGAACGCAAAAAGGUAUUUAUCAAGGCGUAGUACAUCCACAUGCAAGUUUACCAUUCGCUUUAGGCGCUAGAAGUUGUAUUGGUCGAAAACUGGCAGAAAUACAAAUAUCGCUUGCAUUAGCAGAGUUAAUUAAAUCAUUUAAAAUAGAAUGUAUAAAUAAGAAUCAAGUAAAAUUAAUUUUACAUUUAAUUUCUGUACCAUCGCAAUCAAUAAAAUUGAAAUUGAUGGAGAGAAAUUAG